CAAGCCUCCUGCUUAAGCACAGCUAGCAAGUUGCAAAGUAGUAUAGCACCAUAGCUGGUUAUUGUUUACUUCGCUCUGCUUUUGCUUUGGUCGCCGGAAUACUGAGAAAGAAAAUAUGAGGACGCAGAUGGUGAUCAGGAUGCACAUCAGCUCUGACAAGGGCUAUUCCAAAGCUAUCAAGGUGGCAGCUGCAGUCACCGGUGUUGAGUCCGUGACGAUCACGGGCGAGGACAGGAACCUACUGCUGGUGAUCGGCGCCGGGAUCGACUCAAACCGCAUCACCGAAAAGCUGCGCCGCAAGGUCGGCAAAGCGGAGGUGGUGGAGCUGCGCACAGUCGACCACCACUAUGGAUCAAACCACCCCGGCGACCACCAUCCGUACCGCUACCACCCGAACCAGAGCCUGUACAAGCACGAGGCCGCGCUCGACCUCCACUACUACACCGAGGGCUACCAGAACGCGGCCGGGACGUACGGACAUGACUACUACGGCGGCGGUGGUGGCUACCAGGGCCACCAGUACAAGCAGCACAACUACUAUGCCUAUGCGCCGACGCCGGGGAACACCCACACGGUGGUACACCACGGCCACGGGUACUCGGACGAUCCCAACAGCUGCUCCAUCAUGUAGCAGCAGCGCGUGAAAUGAAAACGUAUUGUAGUUUAGUAUGUUGAUUGGAGAAUCGGGCUGUAGUGCUUGUGUCAGCACUCAGUAGUUAGCUUCCAUGUUCAUGUAAUUACUCUACAUCUAUCAAAUCAGCUAGCAGACCUGCGUGCGUUUCAUGGAUAUAUCAAUGUGAAUAUAUCAGUAUAUCCGUGACAAACUUCUCUCAUAUGCAGAAGUAGGUUUAUACAUGU